AUGAAUAGAAUAGAUGUAAUGAAAGUUUUGGGGAUUCCAUUAGAGAUUGUGUUUGAUGGAUGUAUUGGGGAAGAAGCGCAAUCAAAUGUUAUUGAUUUGAUUGAGGAGAGGACGUUCUUUAGGGUGAAGCAGAAGGAUGUAAGCAUGGACAGUUUGGUUUUUGAGGCACUAAAAGAUGUAUCAUUUUCUAUGUGUGAGUUAAGGUAUUGGAUUGGAAAGUGUGUAUUUGGUGAAGAGAUUGAAUUUAUGGAGAGUGUGAGUGUGAUGAUCUAUGAUAAAAUCCCAGGAAGUGAAGUAAACAAUGUAUAUAAUAUAUGCAUAAAUGAAAUAUCAAGUUCAGAAGAUGUGGAAACUGUAUUUCAGAGGAUAAUUGAAUCAGAGAUUGAAAAAAGAUUGGAUGUAGAUGAGAAGGGAUGGAGUUUUAGCACGAUUUCUAACAUCUUUAAGAACGAUCCUGCUAAAGAUAAACGGAUUGGAGAUGGUCUUUUUUUAGCACAGAGAUAUAAAGAAGCAUAUAAGAUUUAUUCUAGAUAUAACAAAGGUGAGUUUGGGUGUUAUUGCACUCAAAUGUCUAUCUAUUGCCUGGUGUUGUCGAAUAAGCCUCUACCACACAAGAUGCUUGAAAGAUUUUGUUAUGCUGGUGAGAAAUCAAAAUUGUACUUGAUAAGAGUGAUGAGUAUUGUGGUAGAUGUAGAGAAUGGAAGAUUGGCACUUAAGCUUAUGCCCAAUCUUACUUGUGGGUCAUUAUUUAAGACAUUUGCGCAGGAGUGCCUUAAUAAGGUUUUGGAUAGUAAUGAAUACUCCAGGAAAAGAGUUGCUAUGGCAUAUGAUUGCACAGUGAUGUAUCUUAAAGCUGAUUUAAUGGAAAGAGCUGGAUUAUGCGCUGAUUAUUUUCUUGAAAUUACAGAUAUGCUGAUUUGUAAAGCGAAUUGUGGAGCCAUUACUAAGGAUACGCUUGCUUUUGUUCAAUCACAUAUUCGGAGAAUUGUAGGAAUAUCAGAUAAACCACUUUUAGAUAGAAAUGUUUUGGAUGAAUACUUGGAAUAUACGGAUGCUGAAGAUUAUUUGCAUAAGACAUCUAUCACUAAGAUUAGAAAUGCAGUGGUAUUUUUCAGGUCAUAUCAAGGAUCCAGAAGUGAAUUUGAAGGAGAGCUUAAUCCAAAUGAAUGCUUGCUCAUAGAGAGCAAAAUUGGAGGAUGCAUGACUAUAAUUGUGAAUGGUAAUGGUGUUGAGACUCAAUACGAACAAAAUUGUGAGAUAAUGUUAAGAGAGCCAGGAAAAUACAUUAUCAAGGAAAUGGUUUUAAAAACGAAUGGAAUUGAUAAAAAAGUCCAAAUGAAAGAGUUUAUUGAUGUUGGUGAAGAAGUGAAGUUUAUGCACAUAUUUAUGGAAAAUAUUUAUGAGAUGUAUUGUGGAGAAGUUUGUUAUGUUGCUUGCAAAGUGAUCAGGAAUUAUGAAUCUGAGAUUGUAAUUAGCUUCUGUGACAGAAAAUUUAUAACAAGUAUGAAUGAGUUUAGAUUUGAGAUGAUGUUUCCCUGUGUUGGGUAUUUUGAUCAAGAGCUGAUUGUUGAAUCUGAUGGACUCCGGGCAUGGCGUACUAUCAGGUUUAAUGUUGUUCCUUCAUUUUCUAUAAGCUUUUUACACUACAAGCAUUGCUUUCCAUUGUUGUUUAUUCGUGUACUGAAUCACACAAGAGAGGAUGCAAAACUGACCAAGGUUUCUGUCAUGAAUAAGUGUUUUGAUGUGUUUGGUAUAAGCGUGGGCACAUUGAGCUUUUCAAGAGAAGAAGCAAUCAAGUACUUCAAGAAAAAUAUUUUGGGAGCGAAUGGCGAUUAUAGUGAAGUUGAAGAAUUGAAGAGUAUUGGCAUAAAGUCCAAUGAAAGUUUACAGGAUAUACUUGGAUCUAUGAACAAUUCUCCACCGGUUAUUUCUGAUUUGUUUUUUCAAGAUAUGGUGACUGCUACUAAUGAGGAAAUUUCUCUGGAUACAAAAACAAGCACGAUAUUUGCGUAUGUUAAACAGCUUAAUGACAUGAAUCAAAAGGAAUUGAACCUGAAUGAAUUUGAAAAAGAGAAUGAAGUAUCUGGUUCCUUGCUGGUUGACAAGAUUUUGAUAAGAAAUUCAAGAUUUGUGAUGGUUUCUAAGUAUAUUGGAGAUCAUCCGUGUAUUUCUCAGGAUAGUAUAGCUCCGUAUGAGUUGCCAAUAAAGAUAGAGAUAAGUGUGUCAUCUGAAAGACGAUGUGUAUUUAUGCCUGGAAGUAUGUUUACUGAGUUAGCACUUAGCAUUUUGAACAUACAAGACACUUGUUUAGGAAAUGUGCAGUCCCCGUUUGUUUAUAUAACCCAUUCGGCAUCAAUAAGGCUGAAUGAACCUGCUAUAAUAUAUCUAUGUGUGAGCAAUUACUAUCAAAGCGCCAAACUGAGAGUGAAUUUAUUACCGAAGCAUGCAAUUAUAUGUAAUGAAGAUCGUUAUCAUUGUGCAAGAGAAAUGUCGUUUUCGUUUUUUGAGAUCAGAUGUAUGUUUUUAAGAAAAAGAAGAUACGAUGCUCAUGACAUGGGAGUAACGGUAUAUGUUGAUUAUGAGCAAAUAGAGUUUGAAUGUGAAGCAGAUGUUGUUGUUACAUGA